UGUUUUCUAUACACUUUGUUGCACAAGUGACGUGAUUCUGUACGAUGUCUAAUUUUGUGAAAUAAACAUCUGGUAAAAACUUUCACAAUUUGCCCGUGCAUUAUCUAAUAUGCUACAGAAGAAAGCCCGUCCAGGGUACAAGAAGAUCAUCAAAACCUCCGCCAAAACGCUGAUUGUUGUCGAAGCCCUGCUGUUUGCCGUGUCGUACGCGGGCUGGUACCGACUGAACACGAAUCGCGAGUUCCGGUACUACGUGAAGGAAAACUAUCCGAGCAUUUUGGAAGCUUACUACCAGCUGGGGGAAACACUCGGCGGUGACAAGAGCAUUCGCACGUACGACGACAACGUUUGGCAGCAGGAGCAGCAGCAGGCGGCGAAGAAGUAGCACCACCAUCGUCACUCACUGACCACCCCCCUUUGGUUUGGCGAGAAAUGUAUGUUUGGGUAAAAUCUGUAGUGUACCUUGCAAUCUUUGGCGGCGUCGGAUACGGCCUGCUGGAGCUGACGACACCGAGCGAGGAUAAGCUAAAGCAGUUCCGCCAGCCGGGCCUGGAAGCGGAGGAAAAGGGCAAGAAGGCACUGUUUAUGAAGAAGAUCCAGGAGGCUAGCCGCGAGGAGCCAAUUUAUCUGAAGAAAAAGAGCGACUAAAUACCGUCACACUCACACACACAUACCCGCGUAACACACGCACACACAAUGGAGGAACUGAUCGACGGUGGUGCGCUGAACGGCAAGGAGAAGAUUACGGAACUGCUGAACCGACGGCACAAGGAGCGGGAACUGCACAUACAGGCAGCGAAGCUGGAACGACAGAAGGAUGCGGAAGGCACGGAAGCGUUGCAAUACUUUGAGCUUUCGUUCGAGGAGAAGGUGAAGCAGAUCCGCAACACGCUGGACGGGGUGGCGGCCAGCGACCAGAAGGCGCAGGUGUUUGCCGACUGCCAGAACGAGAUCUACGACCUGCAGCGGUACCUGUCCUCGUCCACCUUCUUCCUGAACGAGUAUCGCAUCAAGGUGUGCCAGAACACGAUCAACGAGCUGGGCAAGCUGCUCGACACGCUGCG